AGAGGCCUCGGGACGACCGAGCUGAUGGCGUCUUCGACCCCUUCUUCGUCCGCAACCUCCUCGAACGCGGGAGUGGACCCCAAUACUACCAACCUGCGCCCCACAACGUAUGACACCUGGUGCGGCGUGGCCCAUGGAUGCACCAGAAAACUGGGGCUGAAGAUCUGCGGCUUCUUGCAGAGGACCAACAGCCUGGAAGAGAAGAGCAGGCUUGUGAGCGCCUUCAAGGAGAGGCAGUCCUCCAAGAACCUGCUUUCCUGUGAAAACAGUGACAAGGAUGGCCGCUUCCGACGCACGGAGACAGACUUCUCCAACCUGUUCGCCCGAGAUCUGCUUCCGGCUAAGAACGGGGAGGAGCAAACUGUGCAGUUCCUGUUGGAGGUGGUGGACAUACUCCUCAACUAUGUCCGGAAGACGUUCGAUCGCUCCACCAAAGUGCUGGACUUCCACCACCCCCACCAGCUGCUGGAAGGCAUGGAGGGCUUCAACUUGGAACUCUCUGACCACCCCGAGUCCCUGGAGCAGAUCCUGGUUGACUGCAGAGACACCCUGAAAUAUGGGGUCCGCACAGGUCAUCCUCGAUUUUUCAACCAGCUCUCCACAGGAUUGGAUAUCAUUGGUUUAGCUGGCGAGUGGCUGACAUCAACUGCCAAUACCAAUAUGUUUACAUAUGAAAUUGCACCAGUGUUUGUCCUCAUGGAGCAAAUAACACUUAAGAAGAUGAGAGAGAUAGUUGGAUGGUCAAGUAAAGAUGGUGAUGGGAUAUUUUCUCCUGGGGGAGCCAUAUCCAACAUGUACAGCAUCAUGGCUGCUCGCUUCAAGUACUUCCCGGAAGUUAAGACCAAGGGUAUGGCGGCUGUUCCCAAGCUUGUCCUCUUCACCUCAGAACACAGUCACUAUUCCAUAAAGAAAGCUGGGGCUGCCCUUGGCUUUGGAACUGACAAUGUGAUUUUGAUAAAGUGCAAUGAAAGGGGGAAGAUAAUUCCAGCUGAUUUAGAGACAAAAAUUCUUGAAGCCAAGCAAAAGGGUUACGUCCCUCUGUACGUCAAUGCAACUGCUGGCACCACUGUUUAUGGCGCUUUUGAUCCAAUACAGGAGAUUGCAGAUAUAUGUGAGAAAUACAACCUUUGGCUGCAUGUCGAUGCUGCCUGGGGCGGCGGGCUGCUCAUGUCCCAGAAGCACCGCCAUAAACUCAGUGGCAUCGAGAGGGCCAACUCUGUCACCUGGAACCCUCACAAGAUGAUGGGUGUGCUGCUGCAGUGCUCUGCCAUUCUUGUAAAAGAAAAGGGUAUCCUCCAAGGAUGCAACCAGAUGUGUGCGGGAUACCUCUUCCAGCCAGACAAGCAGUAUGAUGUCUCCUAUGACACUGGGGACAAGGCCAUUCAGUGCGGCCGCCACGUAGACAUCUUCAAGUUCUGGCUGAUGUGGAAAGCAAAGGGUACAGUGGGCUUUGAAAAUCAGAUCAACAAAUGCUUGGAACUGGCUGAAUACCUCUAUGCCAAGAUUAAAAACAGAGAAGAAUUUGAGAUGGUUUUUGAUGGUGAGCCUGAACAUACGAACGUCUGUUUCUGGUAUAUUCCACAAAGCCUCAGGGGUGUUCCGGAUAGCCCUGAACGACGGGAAAAGCUGCACAGGGUGGCCCCGAAAAUCAAAGCCCUGAUGAUGGAAUCUGGCACAACCAUGGUUGGCUACCAGCCUCAGGGGGACAAGGCCAACUUCUUCCGGAUGGUCAUCUCCAACCCAGCCGCUACCCAAUCCGAUAUUGACUUCCUGAUUGAGGAGAUAGAGAGGCUGGGCCAGGAUCUGUAA